AUUUUUUUUACGAGACUACUGAUCGACUGAGGGAAGUGAUAACUGUUUCUAUUUGGUGACGCGAUGUUAACGAGGGAAUAAUAAAGGUGCCUCUCGACGACGUAUGAUUUUAGUUUGAUACAAGGAAAGAAGAACGGAUAAGGGAGAGACAUGGGGUGCAACACCAGCAAGGACAGCGUUCAGCCAGCGGUGGAGGAGGCGAAAGAAGGCGAUUCCGUCAAGAAUGGGGAUAUCUCCAAAGCGGCCGAAAACAGCGCAACGAAAGAGUCCUCGGAUAAGGGAAAAGAAAACGAGGAGGAGGAGAAAGAGAAAGAAGUAGCAGCAGCUACGAAAAUACAAGCAGCCUUUCGUGGGCAUCACGCUAGAAAAAGUCUAAGAGUGUCGGAAACAGCGUCGAAGCAGACGCGAUCCGACCAAGAACCCUCCGAAGCUACGGAUCAACCUACGCAGGAACAGUUGGAGGAGGAGUUCCGCGCCGACGACCAGGAACUCUGUAAGGCGGCGAAAAAGAUACAAGCGACUUUUCGGGGUCACAUGUCGAGAAAGGAACAAACUACCGCUACCGCCAAGUCGGCGAUGAACAUAGUCGAGAGUGCGACUUCCAAGAUAGAAGAAAAGAUGCAAGACGCCGUUAACGAAUUAGAGGGGUUCGACUUGGGCGAUCCGGACUUGCAUAAGGCAGCGACUAAGAUUCAAGCGAGUUUCCGCGGUCACAAGGUCCGUCAGGAGGUCAACAUCCAUACUACUGCCGACGACAUUAAAAAAUAAGACGCUUACUCAAACGCAGGAAUGCCGAGAGAUAGAAUAUUACUUAUUACAGUCAGUGCCAUUCUUAACAAGUUUUCGAACGCCAUCCCCUAUAUUUCUUGUACCUUAUAAUGUAGCAUCUAUAAAUUAGUAAAUUAUGCGCGUAAAUAUACGAGACAUUCCAGACGAGCCGAGCAACAGACAGCCGAACGAGUUUGACUAUUACUUCACUCCGGACCGCUAGUUGUAAACAAUGAUACCGUUUAUUUUACAUUAACAAUUAAUCCAGCCUUCGCCCGGGACCAGUGAGACUUAAGCGCUUUCUACUUUGGCUAAAAUGUGGAUCUUUUAAAUGAGGCAUUAUAGGCCGAGGCAUACGAAUGGGAACAUUUAAAUACUUCUAU